CUGGCCCACACAAUCACAUAUUUUCCUCCUCCAUCUUCUUGAUCCAGUAGUUACUUUCUACCCAGAGUUCAGCCUGGCCGGCACAACCAUUCCAGCUAAGGGGGAGGAGGACUUCCUCACACUGGCCGCCUCCCGGCUCAGUCGCAAGAAACGUGUCAUCGGGGCUGGAGUCGGCGUGGCCAUGGUUCUGGUCUUGCUGGUGGCCAUUCCCCUAUUGGUCCACACCACCAAGGGGGGAGGGUCCGGAGGAGGGGGCACGCAUUAUGAAAUGCUUGGGAGCUGCAAGAUGGUGUGUGACACUUUCACCCCCCCACAGGGAGAGCUGACAGCCGUCUCCCCUCAGCCCCCAGACUUCCCAAACCGCAGGGGCAAACAGGGCUUUAGAGGGACCCCUGGAGUUCCUGGUCCUCCAGGUCCUAGAGGGCCCCCCGGAGAGCCUGGCAAGCCCGGCCCACCUGGUCCACCAGGGCCUGGACCUGGUGGCUACGGCCAAUCCUUCUACAGUCCCAAAAUCGCCUUCUAUGCAGGCCUCCGGAAGCAACAUGAAGGGAGUGAGGUAUUGAAGUUUGAUGAUGUGGUGACCAACGUAGGGAACUACUACGAGCCGAGUACCGGCAAGUUCACCUGCCCUCUGCCUGGCAUCUACUACUUCACCUACCAUGUCCUGAUGAGAGGAGGUGAUGGGACGAGCAUGUGGGCUGACCUGAAGAAGAACGGACAGGUGAGGGCCAGUGCAAUUGCUCAAGAUGCCGACCAGAACUACGAUUACGCCUCCAACAGCGUCAUCCUGCACCUGGACGUGGGGGACGAAGUGUGUGUGCAGCUGGACGGGGGCAAAGUUCACGGCGGAAACACCAACAAAUACAGCACCUUCUCUGGCUUCCUCAUCUACCCUGACUGACAGUAUACUCACAUUUAUAUACUCUCUCUCCCUGUAAUCAAGCAAAAAAAAGUUUCUUCUCCUUUCA